AUGGAUGACAUAAUUGAGCCAGUUUCAGAGCAAACUCCAGGGUCCUAUUAUGUUUUCUGGAAAUUUUUAGAGCAACAUUACCCACCGGGAUUUUUCAAAAAAUGUAUUAAUUAUUUGGGACAGGUGGUGGCAGAGAAUGUAGCAACAUAUCUAUUAGUGUUUGUUACAUGUGGUACCGGUGCACUGAGCGUAAGUGAGGAGCACAAAGUUUCAAAGCUUGGUGCCUCUGUUGCGGGCGGACUCAUUGUGACCGUGAUGAUCUAUGCCGUCGGCCACAUCUCCGGCGCACACAUGAACCCGGCUGUCACUCUAGCUUUUGCAGCUGUUAGGCAUUUUCCAUGGAAACAGGUGCCAAUUUAUGCAGCAGCUCAACUAACAGGAGCAAUACCUGCAUCUUUCACGUUGACCUUACUUCUACACCCAAUAAAAAGGGUUGGCAAUACAUUGCCUUCAGGAACAGAUGUUCAUGCUCUAAUUAUGGAAAUAGUGGUAACAUGUUCAUUGAUGUUCAUCACUUCAGCAGUGGCAACCGAUACUAAAGCUAUAGGAGAGCUAGCCGGCAUAGCAGUAGGAUCUGCUGUAUGCAUAACAUCAAUUUUGGCUGGACCCAUAUCAGGAGGAUCCAUGAAUCCGGCAAGGACGAUAGGACCAGCUAUUGCUAGCUCAUGCUACAAAGGCAUUUGGGUGUAUAUGGUAGGACCAAUCACGGGAACACUAACUGGAGCUUGGUGUUACAAUCUGAUUAGGGUGAGUGAAAAGCAGGUUCAUGCACCAUCUCAAUCUUCAUUUUCAUUCAAACUUCGGCGAAUGACAAGCAAUGAAGGGCAGGUUACCAACAAGGAACCUUUCAAUUCGAUUUGAAAAGUUGCUUCCUGCUUAGCUUUUUACCAGAUACUAAAUAAGGCUUUCUUCAGCCAAACCCAAAACCAGCUCAUCACAUCUUGUAGUCUUUAGAUUAGCAUAAUUAAUGAUAUUAUAAUAGGUGUGUAAUAUUACAAUACAGUACUAGUUUAUAAAUCGGUCAUAUAAUUUAGCUAA